AUGAGCGAGAUGCCAGACCCCUUGAGCAGCGAAGCCAACUGGACGUUGCGCGUGGAAGGAAGGUACCUCAGUGACACCAAGGGCGAAAUCACUCUCAAGUUCAGCGAGUUGUUGUCGGGUAUCUCGAUAGAUUUAGUUGCCAAUGACGACUACCCCAUGACUAACCAAAGCUCGCACGUCGUUGAAUGGCGAGACGGUGACGGACUGACAUUUGAUGGCAUCGACAUUAAGCGAAACGGGGUGUUCAAUAUCGACGCCAAGAUCGCCAUCCUCGUCAAACCUCCGCACACAGCCAAGCUCCAAUUGUCCGACGCCAUGUGCCAGUUUGUCGGCAAGACUGAGUGCACCCAGCAGGAAUUGAUGUAUCUCAUCUGGCAAUACGCCUUGUACAAGAAUUUAUUCAAGAAGACUGAAGCUUACACCAACGUUGCCGCUGUGGAAACUGGUUCGUUACGUCAGCCUACUGUGGCCGGACAACAAGACGACGGCGAAGACGAUUUAACCCUUGUCGUGUGCGACGAUAUCUUGAUGGAAUUGCUCCAUGUGAAACUGUUCAAGUUUAUCGACUUGUAUCGCUUGAUCCAACCCCAUUUCAAACCACGUACCCCGAUCAUCAUCGACUACGUGAUCAACACCAGCAAGUCCACUACUUUGGGCGAUUGUAUCAUCGACAUUCCUAUUGAAUUACCCCACGCUUCGACAUCUACUCAACGAGAAAUUCUCGAUAUGAACAAAUCUACAUUUGAAUCUCUCGCCCGUGCCGACGCCACCAUUCAACAAUUGAACCACAGAAUAAGUUUGGGAAUCAUUGCAUUAAAUAACGCAAGCAUGAGACAACAGUUUUACCGCGAAUUAUCCGACGAUCCUGUGAAAUUUGUGGAACAGUGGUUGGAAAGCCAGAGUGUGACCUUGAAGGCAUUAAAGAGCGAUGAAGGCUACGAUGAAGAAGUUGUAAGACGCGCACAAUAUUUCCACGACAAUGAAGAGUUGAUUAAGGAAAAGAUUGAUUUAUUGUUGGGAAUAUUAUUCUACGUAUUCCUCUUCAUCUUCUUCGCUGACGUCUUCGUAAUUGUCGUCAUCACCUGCGUCGUCAUUCUCGUCGUAUUCCAUUAUCUCGUCCUCAUCUUCUUCGUAUGCUGGUGCAACACUGUAAUUGACGAUUUUUCGAGUACUUCUCACAUCGGGGGUGAUCUUGGCCACAUCCUCUUGUUUUUUAAGCAAGGGCAACAACAGGGUUAA